AUGGCACUUCUCCAGAACGAAGAGUUUGCGAUCUGGUAUCUUCGUACCUCUUACCUGGCCAGUGUAAAGGAUGGGAUCGCAGAACGCUUGAUCAAUGUUAAUUCGUCUAUACUCAACACUCCUGGUUUUAGGGCUGCCGGCUGGUCGGCGGAUCCGGUUCAACGGACUUAUUCUCCCCCUAUCCCAACAGCAAUCAACUCCGAAUACUUCCACUCUACAGCAGAGCUACAACUGACAAACUCAAAUCAGGACGAUGAUGACGAUGCUGGUCUUGUUACUGGCAGGACCAGCAACGACACCAUCGGCCCUGGUUUCAAUGCCCGUCGAAGGAGAAAAAAGGAGCACGCCGAGGAUGACGACAGCAGUGAUCUCACCGAUGAAUCUGAAGAGGAAGCUGAAGGGGCUCAGAGAGCCGCCCAGCAAAUCAGAUUUGCCAAAAUGCCAUCUCGGAACCGAGCAGAUUCAUCACCCAUUCGAAGUACGAGUACGAAUGCCCCAGAUAUAACAACCACCUCCCCAUCGAAGCCUACCACGGGCAACAGAAACCGGACCGGAUCCCUCGGAGCAGUUGAAGCAGUCAAAGCUCGUGAACGGCGAGACACUACCACCAGUAGUGAUAUGUCGUCGGAGAACGAGGUCGACCCUUCAUAUUUCCAGCGUAGACAACUCAAGCGAGGCGAGAACUCGAAAUCGUCCAAAGCUGGAGGAAUGUCGACACGUGAUGCUGACCAUCGCGGGUCCGAGUUGGGACAUCGUAUACUUUCCCAAGACGACUCUGACGCAGAAUCAGAUGGUUCAGCCCUGUCAUCAGAUUUGGGUGAGACGGUAGAUUCUGGAUCGUUACUGAACCCUCUGGCAGGCUCCAACCUCACCUCUUCCCCACCAAUAUUACAUGGAUUCGGAGGUUCUGGCCCACGUUUACCGCAGGCUGAGUCGCCUCGCAGACAACGUACGCUAUCCAUAUUGCACGAAUUACCACCCCCUCGGCCGAUCAGUAUGAUACAACCAACGAGUCUGCUAUCUGCAGCCUUGAAUGCCCAGCGCAAAACACCCAGCAACCCGGUACAAGGGUUUGCCACCCUUUCUGGAAAAGGAACACCCAAUCCACUUUGGAUCAAGAUAUAUGCUCCAUUCUCCAGCAAUCCAGAUGAGCCAUUUGAGAUGCCAUUAGUACGAACGUCAAAGGAUGGGCUAGCAGUACUGAUAGCAGAAGUCAUUGGAUUGAGUCUGUGGCAGUACGGGGAGGAGGAAUUGACACCACCAUUGAAACAAGAACAACUCAAUGUCAACAAAUGGACAUUACGGAUCGUUGAGGAUGGUGAAGUAGACGAUGAUUUCCCACCCUUGGGUCGUACUCGGCCAGUGACUGACUUCACGUACAACAACAACCGCGGUGGCCGAGCCAGAUCGAGGGAGAAGCCAUUUGAUGAAUUUGCCUUGGUGGAGGCAUCAGCCAAGCAACAGGAGGCUAAUGAUAAAGAGACACCACAAUUCAUCCCUGCCGCUCAGGAGGAUACAACGUUGGCUCAGACGCCCACUCCAACUCCAGCGCCAUUCCCUAACCUCGGGACGAGUCACAACCCAUCAGUGACGAGGAUACCCGGGAUCAAGAGCAAUUUACUGUUGGGUGGUCAACCAUUUACAUCGGCACUUUCCAACUCGGCGUUGACUCCAGCAGAUCGGCCUGCACCAGCUGGACCUCAAGCUACUCCUCGUAUGGGAGCUACGCGAACAAUCAGAAUACGAUAUUUCGACAUUGAUGUUGCGAACCAAACCAUGACCAUGGAGCUGUCCACGGACAGCUAUAUUGCCGAAGUUCUGGAUCACGUCUGCAAAAGAUGGAACUUUGACAAGGCAGGCUUCUUACUCAAGGUUGCAAACACCAACACGGUGGCACCUCUGGAUCGAACAAUCGAAGCACUGGGCAGUCGAACCGACCUGGAUCUGGUGCGAAAGCGGUUCGGACCAGGAGUCAGUGCAUUGACAGGAUCUCCGGCUAGCUCAUCACCGAAUGCACCACUUCUACUUGAUAUCCAAGGACCGAAGAAAGGCAAGAAAGGACAAAUGUUGCAUCCACUGGCACAAAAUCAAGAUUUGGUGUCAAGUGGAAGUAGCAAUUUCAAGAAGUACUAUGUCACACGAAAGCAGCUGGCACCGUUUGCUCAAGGAAGUCAACGUGUACUUGUGUUUGAUGGCGACACGAUCCAUGUGACGCCAGCUGAUUCGGCAUCGAGUGCCAAAUUCAGUUCGAUUGCAUUUAAUGAUAUUAUACGAUGCAAGGUCAGUUCGAAACACUCCAAGCUGGUCCGAGUACUUGUACGGCGGGUGAAUGAAUCGAAACGAUAUGAUUUCGAGGCAAGAACAGCGGGAGAAGCGCAGGAGAUUGUGGACGAAGUGGUUCGAGAAAUGAGAUUAGCCCGGGCGUGA